AAUGCGACAAUACACCCUCAAUCUGCAUUCUGCAAACAACAAGAUAGAGACGUUGGAUUCAGGUUGUAGUUCAUUUUCCAGUGAUGUCCGAUUAGGAAAGAUCAUCAUCAUCAUCGCUACUCCCUCCCUCCCUCCAAAAAGGUUGAAUCUUUUACCUCAUUGAGCAUUUUUGAUGUACCAAAAAACCAAAAGAAAGGCCAACUCUUUCCUCAAAGCGAUCCGAUUCCGGUACCUCUCGCUUUCUCUCCCUUUCGUAAUGCCCAAACCCCUAACUCCCUCCCGCCUCAAGGCCCUCCUCUUAUUCCUCUCCCUCUUCCUCAACCUCUACCUCCUCCUCUCCCCCCACGCGCCACAGUUCCUCCCCACGCGCUACUCCCCCUCUUCCUCCUCAUCCUCACCCACCACGCGCCGCCACCUCCUCUUCGCCAUCGCGUCCUCCUCACGCUCCUGGACCCGCCGCAAGCCCUACCUCCGCCUCUGGCACUCCCCCGCCUCCACCCGCGCCUUCGCCUUCCUCGACCGCCCCGCCGACCCCGACGACGACGAAGACGGCGCCGCGCCUGUGAUCGUCUCCGGCGACACCUCCCGGUUCCCGUACACUCUCCGCGGCGGGCUCCGGUCCGCGAUCCGCGUGGCGCGCGUGGUCAAGGAGAUCGUCGAUCGCGGCGAGGCGGGCGUCCGGUGGUACGUGUUCGGCGACGACGACACGGUGUUCUUCGUCGACAAUUUGGUGAAGACGCUGUCAAAGUACGAUCACGAUCGGUGGUUCUACAUCGGGAGCAACUCCGAGAGCUACAUGCAGAAUGUCAAGUACGGGUUCGACAUGGCGUUUGGCGGCGGCGGAUUCGCCAUCAGCCAUUCUCUGGCUAAGGUUUUGGCUAGGGUUUUCGACUCGUGCUUGAUGAGGUACGGCCACUUGUAUGGAAGUGAUUCCCGCGUUUUUUCGUGCGUGGCGGAGCUCGGCAUUGGGUUAACCCAUGAACCUGGGUUUCACCAGGUUGAUAUGCGGGGUAAUUUGUUUGGAAUGCUGUCUGCACAUCCAUUGUCACCUUUGGUUUCGCUUCACCAUUUGGAUGCUGCAGAUCCGAUCUUCCCUAACAUGAACAACACUCGAGCUUUGGAACAUCUUUUUGAAGCUGUGAAUGCUGAUCCUGCCAGGAUAUUGCAGCAAACUGUAUGCUAUGACCGCACACAUUCAUUGACUGUUUCGGUUGCAUGGGGUUAUGCCAUUCAGGUGUAUGAUGGCAAUGAACUUGUUCCAGAUCUCCUUUCACUGCAGAAAACUUUCAUGCCAUGGAGGAGGAGCCGUAGUGUUGAGGCAAGUCAGUACAUGUUCAAAAUGAGAGACUAUCCUAGAGAUACAUGUAAAAGACCCCCUAUAUUUUAUUUGGAAAGCCUCAUCUCUAAUAACCAUGGCAUCUGGAGCAACUACACCAGGCACAAUGUGGAAAACUGCUCCAAAGCAAAUGCAAUAAAGAACCUGGAACAUAUCAGAGUAAUUUCACAGAAGCUAGACCUUGAUGUUGAAGAGAUGAAGGCUCCACGUCGUCAGUGCUGCGACAUUUUGCAAUCGUCUUUUAAUGAUUCAAUGACUAUUAAUAUUAGACGAUGCAGAGAUGAUGAACUAAUAUCCAUGAAUAUCUAGAGUUCAUCCCUUUGAAUAGUUGCCCUGAGAACACAGUUACAUGCAGAAUUCAAAGAAUUUGAAGCAAUUCUGGUUUACUGUGGAAUCUUCUAAAGGAAGAGGACGAUAGGCUGGGAGAUAACCAUUUGCCUUCAAAUCAACACAUUGAGCAAAAUUGGAAAAUUAAUGAUGUUGAAUUAGUUCUGUGAGAAGAAUAAAACUAAAUGUGUUGGAGUCUCAUGUCAAAAGGAAUCUACUGUGAGAAUCUGCAGCCAGUUGUUUUUUGAUGUCUGAUGAGGUUCACUCUAGUUAAAUUUUCCACCUUCCUGCAGCCAUUAUCUGGGAAAUUUCAUGAACAGAGAAAAAGGAAGAAAAACAGCAGCCACCUGUCUGCUAGUGGAUGGAUGGAGAUUAGCCCAAGUAAAUGUGGAAAUGUAAGAUUUGAUGUUGACUAGUGGUGAUAGGUAUGUAUUCUUGUUGUAGUGCUACAUUUUGCCACGUCUAUUGCUGUUGAAAGAGCUUAUCAAAAUUUAGCUUAUGCAAAGCAAGGAUUUUUGAGA